AUGACACAUACGUUAGUUUCGUCAAUUUUUUUAGAAACACAUUCGGAAAUUGGUUCAUUAACAGAAGAUUUUAACCAACUUAAAACCUUUUACCAAACCGAGAAAGAUUACGAAAUCGAAAUGAAGGAAGUACUAGAAAUGAAUGAGCUUUUUUCUGAAAGCACAUAUCAUAUAGAAAAUGAUGAAGAAAUGCUAUAUUUUAAUAAUCAUGUUCUUAGCUCGUUGCAAAUUAAAAAAUUUCAAAAAAUAUUUUACCAAAGUACAAUUAAAGAAAACAACAAACAAGAAAUUAAUGAAAAAUUAACCGUUAUAUUAGAUCAACAAGAGAAAGAAGCAUUUACUAAUAAACUUUGUACAAUGGUCUGUUGUAAAACCAAAACAUGUUUAACCAAAAUCAACCAUGAAUCCGCAUUUGAAAAAUUUGAUAAUAUUUGA